GACAAGACAAGACAUCUAAAAUCACUCAUCGGAUUUACUAAGCUAAGAUGAAGCUGGCAGUGCUUUGUAUUGUGAUAUUGAUGUAUUUUGUAGCAGUGAACGGGAGGAUUUUUACCAGGAAUGAUCUGCAGAAUACUUACAAGAAGAUAUCUGCCAGUAGACCAGUGCAAAACCAAGUGCGGACUUUAAAUGCAGCACAGAGGCAGAGACCCAUAUUUGCACGGAGAGGCCAGUACGAAAGACAAAGGAUCCAUGUACCCGCGAAACCCAAUAAGUUUCCAGUGCGACCCACUGCUCCUAAGCCCGCCUCCAAACCUACCACCCCACGCUGCUCUCAGCUAACCCAGAGCUGUUUGCCCCAAGAUGGCUGCUGCGACUCCUGGGCCUCCUGCCACUGCCACUUCUUCAACGCCAUCUGCUUCUGUCGCCGCAACACCCCUCUCCCCGUACUCGGACACUACGGACAAACUUGAGCUAUACUAGAUCAUCUAAUCGCGAUUCUUUUUGGACAAGUAUUGCAGUUGUGAUUAGAUUUGCGAUAUGUUUAAAAAGCAGGUUUCUAUUCAGAGUGCACAUUGUAAACAACCCCAGGAACAUUAGCAUCUGAGAGAAGACUGACAUAUGAACUGAUAAACUA